AAUUAUUCAUUCAUAAACAUAUCGAACAGGUGAAUAUUGUGCAGAACAGCUAUCGUGUACUGGUUUAAAGAAGAAAGCAAUAUUGCGAUACCAACUUAAGGUUAAAGUAUUUGUGAGUUUGACAUAUUAUUUUUGACACGUUGUCAGCUGUCAAGUACAUUCCCUUAUUUAUUAUUUACUGUUAUUUUUAGUAAAUAAAAUUUAUUUAAUUUGUUUUAAAUGUGAUAAAAAAUGUCUCAUUAUGUAUCAAAAAAACGGGAUGCUCGAACAACGCAACGACAAUAUGAAUUAAUGUUAGAUUUUAUGAUAAAACACCCAGAUAUAGCCUCGGGUCGACAUGCUAAUACGAAACGAGCAAAUUAUGAGAAACAUUGGGAAGAACUUGCACACGUUUUAAAUUCGGACACUGCUGGACCAAGUAAAGCAACUAGUAAAUGGAUGAAAUGUUGGUCGGAUUGGAAGCAUAAUACUCGCACUAAGAGUGCAAAAAUACGACAAUUUAAAGAAACUCCUGCUGAUGGACGUUUCCCUUGUUUGUUAACAUCAUUGGAGGAACGUUUAUUGAAAUUAAUGGCCUCGUUUAAAAAUGAGAGUAACGAAUCAUUCAUCUGUAAGCAAGAGCAAUUUGAUGGCUGCCCAGAUUACGAGAUUGGAUCAGAUUUGAGAACAUUUUUUACACAAGUACAGCAAUAUUCAGUUAAGCAAGAAGUAGAAGAUCCCGAAGAGGACAUGUCAGAAGAUAGUUCAGAUGAUGAUACUCCAUUUAACACUGCUGAUUUUUGUAUUCCUGUUAUAGCACAGGAUGACGAACAAUCACCAAAUGUUGAAAUUAAAUCAGGAAAUGGAUUAUCUUCAGCUAUUUCAAUUGAAACAUGGAAGAAACGAAAGCGUUUAUAUUCUGAUACAUCAGUACAUUCACAUGACUAUCAAUAUCAAACAUCAACACCAAAUAAUUCUGAUGCAACAAAAAUAAUAAAUAUUGAUACAACAAAUAAUGACGAUAAUGUAAGAAUAAAAGAUACAUUAAAUCGUAUUGCAAAUGCUGUUGAACAAAGUGCAAAAGCAAAUGAGCGUUGUGCAAAUGCAUGUGAACGUAUUGCGAACUUAUGUGAACGUGUUACAUCAGCAUGUGAACGCAGCAUCAAUUUAAAUGAAAAAUUGAUUAGUGUUUAUGAUCGUAAUGUUAAAUUACAUGAACGAAAUAUACUUACAACAGAAGCAAUAAAAAAAACAACUGAACGGCAUGCUGAAUCAACUGAUAAAUUGGUUGAAAUCGUUCAGAAUGUGGCUGAACAAUCAUUUGAUGUUCUUAAGAAAUAUAUCGGACAAAAUAGUAUAAGAUAGCGAUGUACUAUGGUUUUUUUUUAUAUUACUUUUUGCAUGCUUUUGUAGAAUAUUAUUGAUAACAUUUUUAAUUAUUGUUUAAAUCAAUUUCCACUUUACUGUAAGUUUAUGCUUAAACAAGUGUAACUUAUUUUAAGUGAUAUAAAUCAGUCCACUAAA